AGGUGAUGUCGACUGCCACCUUCACAGAGGCCAGCAGCGGAGUCCUCUCCUCUGUGGUUGGUCUCAUAGGCUUGGGCGUUUCAUACCAGAUGCAGACUGGCCUGCCUGAUGUGGUUGCCUCGAUCGUCAUGGCAUCCAUUGUAAGUUGUGUCAGUGUUUUCUUGCUGGGGAAGAGUGGGAAUGCCCUUCUUGGCCAAACCUUGCCGACUUGGCGUGUGAAGUCCUUGAUCGAAACCUUGGAAGCUCAUGCUGCAGUGGUGAACGUCUAUGAUGUGAAGACAGAGCUGGUAGGUGUGGACACGGUGCGCUUCAAAGCGGAAGUGCAGUUCAAUACCCAAGCCAUCACAGAGCGGAUGAUGGAAGCCUCGCAGGAGCUUGCCCCUGCAGGAGGGCCCCUCCAAGCACACGGGAUGCUUGCCAUGCGGCUGAAGCACCUGUUCCCCCAGGCCAGUCGUAUAGCCUGUGCUGUCUGCAGCAACAGAUUGAUGGAGGGAAGCAGCGAGGAUGAAUGCCCGCUCCGUGAGGGUGACCCACAUUUCUUGGAAGCUGACCGCAAGGAAGUUCCUGUUGAGAAGACCUGUCUCAACAGCUGCGGACGCCCUGCCGCAGAAGGAUAUGACAGCUGCUGCAGGACGUGUAUCGCAAGCAGUGGCCGCUCACAUGGACCUGUUUGUGAGUCCCGAGUUUUAGCCGAUGACAAGACCACAGAGGUCUGGUGGGUGGAUUUGGGAAGCUGGGUUCGGAUCGACAAUGAGACUCAGGAGCGCAUCGAAGCAGCACGACGUGAAGGUCGAACGGAGGUGGAGUUUCAUGCGCGAGGCCACCCUUACCUCAUCGACUUGCUGGCCAUGGCGCAGAUCAAUCUGAACACGGGGAUGCAACGGGAUAUCAAAAGCACUGAGUCUGAGGAAGAUGAACCCCACGAAGAAGAUGAAGAAGAGGAUGAGGAGAGUGACAAUGAGAUCACACCACCAUGGCUGCAGCCGAGAAGCUCUCGGGAAGUGGCGGCUGCGCCAACCAGAAGUCCCCGCCUCGUUGCCUUGGUGAACUUGUUGCUGAGCCCCGCUGUUCAGGUGCCACUGCCAGCAGAAGCCACGAAAGAGGAUGAGAAACUCAGCCAAGAGGAAGUGAAGAAGGUCUUCAAGGAGCAUGUGAAGGGUGUGGAGAAGUAUUUGUUCCGCGACAUGCCUGGACAAUACUCCCUGAAUUUCUUGGCCUCCGCCUAUCAGAAUGGCCUUCGCGCCUUCAAUGGAACCCCCAUGGACAAUCACCUCAAAUGGCUAAUGCGAUCAAUUGUGCAUUAUGGCCAUGAAAAGAAGCCAGGUGCAGCGCGGUACCUGAAAGAGGUAGCCGAAGCUUUCCUGGAUUGCCAAGCAGUUCAGGCCCGGGUGGUCGAACGAGUCGGCCUGGAACUGCUGGGAGUCAGUCAAGAUUUCAAAGGCCUCGUUCGAGCGAUGGUGGGUGACUAUAAGGUGAUGGCCAUCAAGAUGCUGGCGAUCGAUCAUCUCAGCCGUGGGGUGGUGAGUGACGAUGGUAACCCCACGCACUAUGAGAACCGCUUGACGGCCGAUUUGGGUAGUUUGGUGGGCCUCAACAAAGACGAUAUCCGACGAGCGGACUUGGAUGAACAUGCCCGCAACAGGUUCGGACGUCUGCAUGGUCCCAGUGCAGAGAAGGCCGUGCAACGUUUCAAGGAACUGUUUGACAUCGAAGCCCUUGCGAAGACCUUCUGCAACGAGGUGAAUAGUUUCAAUGAGAACAGCUCCAACGACUCCCUGCCGGGGCAGUUUAUGAAGUGGGCAGAUGAGAAGAUGACGCAGAAGCACUCCAUCUUCGAUGAAGAGACCUGUUGCACAGUGGACGUUCAGGAGCCACUGGCCAUUGCCUUACUGGAGGUGCUUUUUGCUGGAAAACCAAGCAACGAUUGCGGCGAAGAAUACCGAGGUGUACAGGUGCAAGACCUGUUCAAAUUGGAGCUGUGUGCGGUGGUUGCCAUGGUUGCCGCCUGAGAAAUCAACACUUGGACAAUCCAAAAGUAGAAGCCAAACCUGCCAAGUCAGCGAUGCCAAAGUCAGGGAAGGCGAAGAGUCCUCCAGGAAAGAAGGCAAGGACCAAGAGGUAGUCUGACCGACUUUGGACUGUGAGUUGGCUGCUGUAGUAAGAUUUAAGCUUCAUGAGCUUGCAUGGUUUGACAUGGUUUGAAAUUGUUUUUGUUUGCC